UGGGUGCGCUCGGCGAACACAAAUGCCCCCCUCGCUGUUCUAGUUACCCCCCCACCCAUCCUCCUUUAAGUGCCCCACGACCCCCCUCACUCGAAGCGAGGUGCAUUGUGGGGAAAGUCGUUGCCAUUCGACCUCUGCGGGGCCUGCGCGGACGGAGCCAGAAACCCUCAAAUUCAUUAUGCCUUUAAAACCCUUAUUUAUUUCCGCAUAACCUACAUACUCUCCCCGGGAGGCCAAAGCGCGAAAAAACACAACAUUUCGAUGCGGAAUAUUUCAUUUUAAACAACGAUUAUUUGUAAUCGUGUUUCGCCGGGCUGAAAGUAAAUUAUAUUGAUAAAGAUCGUUGGGAAAGUAGGUUCUAAUUUAUUGAGGAAAAAUGUCCGGAGAACGAAACCGCAGGUCGCUGGCUUUCCGAGGAGGUGGAUCAGCCGUGACCGGCUCCAGUGGUGUCCGAGGCAGCAACGGUAACAGCUGGGAGGCCCAGGCCUGGCAAGAUCGGCAUUUAAACGGGAACAGGCCGGAUCAGGAGGAGGACAGGGAUCUGGGAGCGAAAGGACCGUCGCCGGGGAAAGUGGAGGGCGGGGGGUCCGUCAGCGACAGCACAGAGCCGGAGGCAGAGGAGGAGGAAGAUCCGGAAGGGGGUCGAUGGACAGUCGGUAAAGGCGUUGACAGCAUCGGCUGGACGGCUAACGCGAACGUCGCGGGGGAGGAGGGCGAGAGCUGGACGACAGGCAACGGCGUUAACAGCGAGGACGGCGCGGGCAGCGGCGCUGCCACCGGCUCCGAGGACGACCGAGACCGAGGCGAAGCAGGGAGCGGCGGGGACCGGGAAGAAGCGGGCGCCAGGAAGCCCUGGGUAGAGAUGAGACCGCAGACGCUGCUCCAGAAACACUCGCUUUUCCAAGCCUCCUGGCUGCAGGAGUUUCCUUGGCUAAAAUUUAAUCGAGAGUCGGGACUCAUGUCUUGCUCUUGGUGUCACAACAUUGCCACUAACAACAGCGACGAGCUGGUGAAAGGCAGCCGAAACUACAAGCGGGCCUUGCUGCUGAGACAUCACCUGUCCUCGGAGCACGGCAGGAACGACCCGACCAAACAGGAGACAGAGAGGCCGGAAGGCGCUGAGGGCACAGAGGUCGAUGACUACAGGAGCAAGCCAAAUGAAAACUCCUACUGCUACCAGCUGCUCCAAGAGCUGGACAAGCAGCGCAAGAGCGGUAUCCUCUGCGACGUCAACAUUGUGGUUGGCGGCCAGGUGUUCAGGGCGCACAAAAACAUCCUGGUCGCGGGCAGCCGCUACUUCAAGACCCUCUACUGCCUGACCAAAAGCGAAAGCUGUGACCAAACCACCAUCACACACCUAGACGUAGCUGCUGUACAAGGUUUCUCUGUUAUCCUGGACUUCCUCUACUCUGGCAACCUGCUGCUGACUAGCCAAAAUGCUAUUGAGGUGAUGUCCGUGGCCAGCUACCUGCAAAUGACCGAAGUAGUGCAGUCGUGCCGCGCCUUCAUCAAAGAUGCUCUGAACAUCAGCAUCAAGCAAGAAGCCCCCGACUCUGUGGUGGUGGACUACAACAAGCGGCGGACGGUGCCUAAGGACAGUCUGGGUGCUGAUAAGAAGCCCAGCAACUUCUGGGCCACCAGCAUCCUGUCCAAGUUGUCCAUUAAGGCCAGUGGGCAAGUUAAGGAGGAGCCCAGCGACGUGGACGUAUCGGCGGGGGAGGGCUGCGCACUGGGGAGCUCGGGCUGGGGAGGGGAUAACUCCUCCGAAUCCACGGAGACGGAGCCCCAGGGCCCGGGGCCGGUGUUCGUCUGGAACGAGCCGGCCCCGGGCACCGGAGCUGCGGUGAAGAGGGAGGAGCGGCCAGAGCCGGGCAGUGGCAGACGGAAAAAGCAAAUCGCCAGACGCUUCGUCUACAACAUCCCGCCCGAGCCGGAAGAGGGUUUCGACGAGGGCAUGUUCAUCCAGCCGUCCGCUUCCUUUACAAGAGAGGACUACUCUUAUCUCUCAGAGAAUGCAGGCGAAACGUCCGACACUGCUCUGAAUAAGCUAAAGUGUCCCCACUGUAACUACAUUGCCAAGCACCGGCGAACACUAAAGAGACACCUGAUCAUCCACUCCGGCGUGCGCUCCUUCAGCUGUGACAUCUGCGGGAAGCUGUUCACCCGCCGAGAGCACGUCAAGAGACAUUCCUUGGUGCACAAGAAGGAUAAGAAGUACAAGUGCAUGGUGUGUAAGAAGAUUUUCAUGCUGGCUGCUAGUGUGGGAAUCCGGCACGGUUCGCGCCGCUACGGGGUGUGUGUGGACUGUGCCGAUUCGCACCAGGCCACACAGGGCCUGGAGGGCAUGCAGGAGCUGGAGUUCGCCCGCGACGACGACUUCGAGGAAACGGCGGAGGGAGACGAGGACAUGGUGGAGGAGGGCGAUGGGGAGGAGCCUAACGAGAUCGACCAAUCCAACUGGGAGGGUGACACGGGUGCCACCCCCGAGGAGGACUAAGUUAUUAAAUGCAACUUAAACAAAACAAAAAAAAAUACACAAAGAAAAAAAAUAGCUGGGAAACAAUCAACAACUCCAAAGUGCUAUCAAACCUUGUGGUUGCACGGUAACGUGUAUGUUAAAGAGAAAAUAUAUUAAAAAGCUUUGGUAGAUAGGGACUCCAAGAUGUAAAGAUUAUUGUUUGUCAGAGAGUCUGGGCCUAACUGCCUGAUUGAGAUGAAAGAGAUGAUUUAUGAAAAUCAGGUUUUUUCAGUGAUGUAUUUUUCCCUCCUUUUCUAGGGUAUGAUGGUGUACAGUGUUUUAAGUUACAAUAGGCCAAUCAUCUUAAAUAUUAAUUAUUUAAUUUAUGAAGAAAGAUAUUAUGGUCUUAUUAAAUUGAUAUUAUGUUUUUUUUUUUUUUUUCUUGUCUGAUGAGAGAAGUUCCGUUGUAGGCUGUGCUUCCUGUCUGGUCUGAACAUCCACUGAGCUCAGAUGGCUAUUCAGAUUUGAAAGACAGAGCAUUGAGCAGAUGUUGCCUACAGGAAGAUUUUCUUUCCUUUCCUCUCACUUUGUGUAGAUAUAUGUUUUAGUUGUCAUGAGAAAUGUAUGUAUGAGCUAUAUUUCCUUUCCUUUAUACCUGCACAAAUCUUGGAACCAAAAGAAUCUGUUUUGUGACUUUGAUCGACCACAGCCAUAUUUAUGAUUAAGUUAUAUUGGGGCUGUGCCAUUGUGCCAAGCAGAAUGCACACCAAGAUUUGGCAGGACACAAACUACUGAACAUGCUGAGAGAUAUCGUAAAGCAGAGAAAAAUAGAAAGUAUAUAAAAAAAAGAAGAAAGUAUAAGGGGAAUAUAUUAUUGCUAGCUUUAUAUGAAUCACAGCAUCACAGUAACACUUUAUAGAGCAUUUUGACAUUCACUUAAAGCUUGAAUUUUGCCAAAUGAUGGAAACGUUUGGUGCUGUAACGCUUGUUUUUUUGAAAUACUGGACCUACAAGCUGUAUAUGAUGUUAAUAAUCGUAAAGCCUACUCAACUCAGAUAUACUAAUCAGCUCUGUAUGUAACACUGUUGUGCUAAAGAGCCUAUCAGGUAUGCUUUGCCAUUGUUUUUAUUUUAAUUUAAUGCACAAACACAUACACACACACACACACACAUAUAUAUAUAUAUGUAUAUGUACAUACACACACUAUUUUUUUUGUUUGUUUGUUUUCACUUUAUUUUUUAUUUUAUUUUUGGUUAAUCUACCGGCAGAACAUGUAAAGACGACCCAAAGUUUCAGACCUUCCUGAAUUGGUGUGAUGAGGUACUGAGCAUACUGAUAAUCACUUGAAUGAUGUGUGUAAGGUGGUGUAGUAAAGAAAGUGGAUUGUGUGGGAUGUAUGAAGUUCUGUUUUAGUGCAAAAAAAAAUCCAUCUAUUUACAAUCAUUAUAUUUGACUUUAUGUAGUGUAAAGACUGCCGAGUAAGAAACACUUUGGUUAUGGUAAUGUAAAAAAAGUGAAGCUCUAUGGAGAAACAUGGAGCCGCACUUACUGCUUCUUAUUUCCCCAAAGCCGGUCUGGAUGGAAAUAAAAGAAAACUGUUUAGUCCAUGCGGAUCUUAUUUUUUUCUUCUUCUUCUUCUUCUUCUUCUUCUUCUUUUUUUUUUUUUUUUUACAUUUUAUUGAACAUUUCAUUAUUUAAUAUUAGAAAUAUAUCUAUAUAUUGACUCAAAUGCAAUCAAGACUGUUAAUUUCUAUUUGUCCUACCAAAUUGUUGUUUAAUUAAUGUUGAAUUAAUGUAUGAAAAAGCCAGGUAACCUGUUUAGUGUAAAUCCUUGCUUGUGUAUGUUGUCAGAUUUAAAUGUUUUAUUCCAAAAUCAUUCACUUUACCCUAGAUGCAUAUAUUGUUUUAUUUGUCCUUUCUAUGAUGUUUUUCAUUUUUUUAUUUCCUUAAAAAAAUCUUCUAAGAAAUAUUGUUUGUGGGUUAAAACCUAGGAACAGCAGUUUCUGUUCAUAUGCAGUGGAUAUAUAUUGAAGUGCUAUAAUGAUACAGAGUAUGUUUAUCUUUCCCUUUACUCCAGAUGAAAGUGUAUUUUAAGAUGUAUAGAAGAUAUUCAUCCUGUUUGUAUUAUUUACACCUUCAGAUCACUGUGGGAAGGAUAUAUAUAUAUAUAUAUAUAUAAGUGUGAUUUAAUUUAUUAUAUAUAUUAUUGUAUGUAAUAAAAAUCACAUUUUAUAAAGUAUAUGAAAUAUAUCUAGAAAUAUAUAAAUAUAUAUGAACAGAUAUUUAAGUUGUUGACUAAGGUAAUGGAUCAUGGCUGCAGUUAACUUGUUCUAAACCUUGGCCUGGCUUUUGUUGUCUUCUCCAUCCUUUUUCUGUUCACACGUGUGCUUGUUCACCCUAACACGCUGUUGGUUCUUUCUUCUUUCUCAUUUUGUCUGUGUAUCUGAUGAACUCAAGACAACUAGCUCCUUACAUUUUAUGCUGUAUAUGGACAUAACCAACAAAAAAAAAAAAAAACGGAACACUACAGAUGAAGGUUUUUUCCAGCUGUAUUUUUUUAAAGCCGUUUUAAAGAUGUAUUUUUCAACUAUCUUACAGUGAUGCAAACAGGGCCUUGGGCUCACCUCAAACACAAAUCAAAUCAGGUUACUCUUUUUAUGUUUUUUUCAAGAUUUUAAGAUAAAUACAUUCUCCUUUCUGUUUCAGUUGUACUACUGUUCCUCUAUAAUAAAUUUUAAAAUAAAACUUUGAUAUUGCUCUGA